AAUCAAAUAUUUUACAUAACCUAUUUGUGAUUUUAAAUUAUACGUUUGACAUUUCAUGCGAAUACGCCUUGAUCUAUUAAACAAGUUUUGUCAUAUAUGGAUGAUGAACGUAGGAUCUAAGAAUCAUUAUUUAACACAAUGUUGCAUUAAUACAAAUUUGAUUGAACUAUUAUUAACAAAUAAAAAUAGAAAUAGGAACGUGUGGUGUGUUUAAAUAUAAAUUUAAUCAAUAUAUAAAGAUAUAUUGAACAAGAGACACAGACAUGGCAAGAGUACCGGAUCAAGAAUUAAAAAAGGCAUUUUCGGAAUUGCAUGAAAAAAUGAUCGAUACUACGCAAAAAUUAAAAUUAGCUGAUGCUCAAAUAGACAAAUUAAAACGAACUAAACAACGUGCACAACUUACUGUUAAAGAGAUAACCUCUUUACCACCGGACACUAGAACUUACGAAUCCAUUGGUCGAAUGUUUUUAUUUGACGAUAUUGAAAAUAUUAAAAUUGGUUUGGAAAAUAGAAUGAAAGUUGUUGACGAGAAGGUACAAAGUUUAGAAAAUAAUAAAACUUAUUUGCAAAAGAGUUUAAAAGAGAGUGAAAAUAAUCUGAGAGAAAUGGUACAACAAAGACAAAGCAAAGAUACUUCAGGUUAAACAUUUUCAUUUCUAAAAAAGAAAAAAUUCAUUAUUCAAUUAUAUUUCAACGAAUAUGAGAUUAUCAUUUCAUGAAAAAUAUUAAUUCUUUUCGAUAUUUCAAUAUUUUUUAUUUAAAUAUUUUAAAUUAUCAUCAACUAUUACGUUUCACUUACUCAUCCAUCCAUUGUCUGUACUGAUGAAUUGUAAUAUUUUUUAAAAUGCUAUUAAAAAAGUAGUAAUGUCUAUA